AUGGGCUUCAUAUUGCAAACCAGCGUCAUCUUCGCCGUCAUCUUUGGCGUGGCCUUGCAGCUUGUGCUCAAGGACCCUAUCUGGCUGGCCUUCGGCAUCGGCAAGACUAUCCAGCCUCUGUCCGACUUCCCCUACUCAUGCCGCCGCAUCGAGGAUCCGCGGCUGCAGGCAUGCGAGGACAUGUGGCUAUCCGAGGCGACGCGCCAGCUGUUCCUAGCUUGCUCCGACCCUCUGGCCCGCCAACAAUGGAUGCCCAACGCCGCCCAUUUUAACGCCUCGGGCCGCUCCACCCGGGAUGCCAUCGUUGUCCUAGACAUUGACAGCCCCAAGGACGAUGCAUUUGAGAUCCGUACUCUGUCCGACCCCGGAUUUUCUGGCACUGCAGGCGACGGCCUGCUUCAACUCGUGGGCUUGACGGGAAUUGAUUCGUCGAAGGGCGACAAGAUUCAGCUUUUUUUGGUCAACAACCGCCCUUCUGUCGAUCCUGUCACCGGCGAACUCCUCGAUCAGGCGAGCGUGGGUGCCAACUCCACGAUUGAGGUAUUCGAGACCGGUCCUCAAGCAGUGGGAAUGAAGCACAUACGCACCUUUGCCAGUGAUAACAUUUCUACCCCCAACAAUAUUGCGGCACUGUCUAGCGAUGCUAUCUACUUUACGAAUGAUAAAGGCGCCAGCAAAGUUGGCUUGAGAGCCCACGCGAGCCCCUUGCUAGGCCAAGGAGAUGUGUCAUUCUGCUCCGUCUCGUCGGGAUGCAAACGCGUCUCCGAGCGCCACCGAUAUCCCAAUGGCCUCGUUCGUGGCCGCGACGGCCUCAUCUAUGUUCCGAGCGCUAUGGCAGGAGGCAUUCAGGUGUACAGAGUCGUCCCCGAAGACGACGGGCUGCAAAGGGUAGCGGAUAUCCCCGUGCCAUACUCCAUUGACAACCUAUCAGUGGACGGCAAGGGCGACAUCUAUGCGGCUGUGUUCCCGCGUGGUAUUGAGAUGUUGCAGGCGAUCGAGGACCCGCUCAACGCAAAGCCCAAAAGUGCCGCUGUGCGCAUCAGCAAAGAGGGCGAGGGCGUCUACGUGUGGGAAAAGGUCAUUGAGGAUGGAGCAAGUGAGGUGUUGCCGGGGUCUACUGUGGUUGUCCACGAUGCGAAGACGGGAAGACUGUUCUUUGCUGGCAUAGUAUCGACAUUUAUCGCAGUCUGCGAGCCAAGGAACUGA